AUGUAUUCAAUGAGAAAUACUUCCCUAGGAGUGUUCGCCUACAAAAAACAGAGGGAAUUUUUGAAGUUGGAGCAAGGGAAUAAGACGGUUGCAAAAUAUGAAGCCGAGUUUACGAAGUUGUCUAAAUUUGCAUCAGCAUUUGAAACAGACGAGGAUAGCAAAGCACGAAAGUUCAAAGGUGGGCUAAGAAUGAACAUUAUGCAACAGGUAGUUCCUUUCGAGUUACCAACUUUUGGAGUAGUGUUGAAUAAGGCAUUGUUGGUUGAGAGUGGCCUUACUAGAGCCCAAGAAGAGAAAGAAAAGAAUUAUAAGAAGAGGCCUAGUUCUUCUAACUUCCAAACUAACAACAGUUCGAAGGGCAAUGCUAAGAGACAAAACACUUCUUCAGUUGGGAGUUGGGGAAGUCAAACUAUAGUUGGUAGUGUUGACAAGCAGAACGAUCGGGUACAGUGCACUAUAUAUAAUGGAUUCCAUCGGGAUAGUGAGUGUCGUUGGAAUACUAGGGCUUGUUUCUCUUGCAGGCAACAGGGGCACAGAAAAGCUGAUUGCCCUAACCAAAAGGGGCGUGAGACUGAACAGAAAGCAUGGACAAAUAAAGGAACUUCAACAGACAAAGUGUUUUCAGGAAAUCAAAAGAAAAAUGGAGGUCAUAAGCCAAAGACUCGGGGUCGAGUGUACGCACUCACACAACAAGAUGUUCAGACUUCUAACACAGUGGUGACAAGUACUAUUUUAGUGUCUUCUGUUUAUGCACAUGUGUUAUUUGAUUCUGGAGCUACAAAUUCAUUUGUGUCUGUGGGAUUUGUUAAGAAACAUGGAUGGAAAUGUGUCUCUAGAGAGAUUGACUUAUGUGUUGAAACCCCAAUAGAAGCUUUGCAAGCUAGACGAUUGUUGAGAAAUGGUUGCGAGGGUUAUUUAGCUUCUAUGACAGAUACCUAUGAAACUAAAUUGAAGUUAGAGGAUAUUCUAGUUGUAAAGGAAUUUUCCGAUGUUUUUCCUGAAGACUUACCGGGGUUGCCACCAGAUAGAGAGAUUGAGUUUGCCAUCGAAUUGAUACCCAGCACCGGUCCUAUCUCUAAGGCUCCGUAUCGGAUGGCCCCAGAAGAGUUGAAGGAACAAUUAGAAGAGUUACUAGAUAAGGGCUUUAUUAGGCCUAGUGUUUCUCCUUGGGGUGCGCCCGUUUUCUUUGUGAAAAAGAAGGAUGAUGGGGUGUCUGUUGACCCUAAGAAAGUGGAGGCGGUGGUAGACUGGAAUAGGCCUACUAAUGUCACAGAAAUUCGUAGCUUCUUGAGUUUAGCAGGAUAUUAUAGAAGGUUUAUUGAGGGAUUUUCUCGAAUUUCUAUGCCUUUGACUCGUUUAACACAAAAAGGGGUUAAAUUUGAGUGGUCUAAUGAUUGUGAGAAGAGUUUCUAG